AUGGCGGCGCGUGGGCGCGCGGCGGCGGCGAUGGCGGCGGCGGCGGCGGAGCGGCGGCUGCCCAGCCUCGACGAGUUCGCGGGGCAGAGCUGGAGCGCCUGGGUGGAGCGGGCCGGGCCGCCGGCCGAGCCGGGGUCGGAGCUGGAGGAGAGCGGGAAGAGCGGCGGUAAGAAACUGGACGCCAUGACCCUGAUCAAGGAAGACAUGAACAUCUUCGGCCACUGCCCGGCGCACGACGAGUUUUACCUGGUGGUUUGCAACCACUGCAGCCAGGUGGUGAAGCCGCAGGCCUUCCAGAAGCACUGCGAACGCCGCCACGGCCCGCUCAGCAAGCUGUACGCCCGCGCCGCUGCCGCCGCCGCCGCCAAGUGCCACAUCGCCGUCAACGGGCAGCCGGCGGCCGGCGGGACCCCCGGUGCGGCCAAGGCGCUGCGGGAGAAGCCCCCGGGUGCCCGCGGACGAGUCCAGCCCCUGCCCGAGCGGCCGGACAAGGACAACAACCUCUGCUUGUUCGUGCCAGUGGUCAACCUGGAGAAGAUUCCCAGCAUCCCUAAACCGGACGGGCACGGGAUCAAGGUCCCCCCAAAGCCGUACCCACCAACUCCAAGGAACCCCUGGGGGAAACCUGCCACCGCCGCGGUGCCGAAAGAGCCCCCGGUGUCGGCCGGGGUCGGGGGGGAUCCGGCGAUGCCCGCCGACGGCCCCGGGUGCAAGCCAGAGAGCACGCCCGCUCCGGGGGAGAAGGACGCGGGGGCCUCCAAGCCGCCCCCCAGGUCCCACAAGAAGCUGGCGCGGAAGGAGUGCGACCUGAACAGGCAGUGCGGCGUGCUCAACCCCGACACCAAGAAGAUCUGCACCCGCUUGCUGACCUGCAAGAUCCACUCGGUUCACCAGCGGCGCGAGGUGCAGGGUCGGGCCAAGGACUUUGACGUGCUGGUGGCCGAGCAGGCCAACUCCCGCAAGGGCGAGUCCCCGAAGGAGAGGAGCCCCCCCCGGGAAGGAACCGUUGCCCCCCCUCAGCAGGACCCCUCCUCGCUGCCGCAGCCCCUUACCGGCCCCCCCAGCACCUCUCCCUGCCGAGCCAAGCUGCCCCACUCCCACUGCCCGCUCCCCAGGGCCCGGCUUUCCUCCGACAGCGACCCCGAGGACACACCAGCCGCCUCCGGGGAGGGGGGCACGGGGGUGUUCCCCUUCCCCCUGCCCAAGGGGGGCAGCCGGGUGUCGAGCGAGGAGAGCGAGGAGGAGGGGGGCGAGGAGCCCCCCCGCCCCCCCACGCGCCCGCCGCGGCCCCAGGCGUUUUGCACCUUCGGGAGCCGCCUGGUCAGCCCGGGGUGUUACGUCUUCAACCGGCGGCUCGACCGCUUCUGCUCGGCGCUGGGCUCCAUGCUGGAGCGGCACCUCAGCUCCCACAUGUGGAGGAAGAUCCCUCCGGCCGCCGAGCCCCCCCUCCACACCCCCCCUGCCCCCCCCAGCCCCACCGCCCCUCCCUGCGGCCCCGUCGCCCCGACCCCCUCACCCCCACCACGGACCCCGACGGCGGCCCGCCCCCCCGGCACGCGGGAGAGCCGGGUCCCCGCCAGCCUCAACUACACGGUGGGGUCCCCCCACGCCGCGGCGGCCUGCAGCCAGCCGGAGUGCGGGGGGGGCGGCAGCCAGUCCAUCACCUCCCCGCUGCCGGCCAACAUCCCCUCGCCCUCCUUCAGCAAGUUGCCUUCCACCAAGGCCAGCAAAUCUUCCCGAGCCCGGGAAGCGGCCGGCGGGAUGGAUCCGGAUACCCGCUCACCGCUGCACGGACCGGGGGUGCCACCGCCGCCCCCCCCGCGUUGUAUCUCCGAGGACGAGGUCAAGAAGCGCAAGAACGCGGCCACGUACUGCCGGCCCGUCAAACCCAAGCCUGCGCCCCCCCUGCCCGGCCCCCCGCCGCCCCCCGGCCCGGCCCCCCCCGACUCGGGCAGCUCCGUCCGCAGGAAGAAGCCGGGGACCCCCCUGGGCUUCGAGGAGAAGCGGAGCGCCCUGAAGUCCAAAGCCCAUUAA